CUUCUAGAUGCGACAUCCACCAAUCAAACUAAUAAUUCGCUGCUAAUCGAGGUACAAAGAAUCUUAGCCUUGUUAUUAUCCUCCCGAGGCUGAAGGAGGAGGACUAACUGUCCCCUCGUAUUAGAUCUUGAGGGUAAGGUGAAUAACCAUUCAAGAUGGCGGUGUCUCCAUUGGUUAUGCAUCCUACCGAUGCCUUACAAAACUCCCGACCGGUAUCGUCACCGCUCAAGAAUAUCAACUCGGCGCAGGCAUCCUCAAAUGGAACACCUAUCACCGCACCGAAUCCAUCCGCACCCGUAUCUCUACCCGCCUCAUUAGAUCUUGCCGAACAACUCAACGAAGAAGAGAAGCGGAAAUAUGUCAAAGGCAAGAAGCUCGGUGAAGGUACCUACGCCAAUGUUUACCUUGGCCACCUCAAGAGCGACCCAUCGCAAUUCGUAGCCAUAAAGAAAAUCAAGAUACAAAAAGAAUACACAGAAGGAAUGGCUCCCGAUGCCGUUCGCGAAAUCAAGCACUUGCAAGAACUCUCUCAUCCCAACAUCAUCAGCCUACAUUCCGUCUUCUCGUCCAAAGACCAGAAUCUCAAUCUUGUCUUAGAAUACCUUCCAUUAGGCGACUUAGAGAUGCUUAUUCGCGACACGGAACGAGUCCGAUAUGGUGCGGCCGAUAUAAAAGCUUGGAUGGGCAUGCUUACGAGGGCUGUGUGGUUCUGUCAUGAGAACUUUGUUCUACACCGAGAUAUCAAGCCUAACAACUUGCUAAUUGCCGCCGAUGGGGAGGUGAAGCUGGCGGAUUUCGGUUUGGCCAGGACUUUCUCAGACCCAUAUAAGCCCAUGUCGUCGAAUGUCAUCACUCGAUGGUACAGACCUCCUGAGCUACUGUACGGCGCAAAGCAUUACUCGGGUGCGGUGGAUGUCUGGUCUGUCGGGUUGGUGUUUGCUGAGUUGAUCAUACGAAUGCCGUAUAUCGCCGGUAAUACGGAGAUGCAUCAGAUUAGCCUCAUCUGUAACGCCGUUGGCACACCCACAGAGGAGAAUUGGCCCGGUGUCACUAAGUUACCCGGGUAUACCACAGAGGGAGAAGUUCACCCAGUACGAGGAAAGGACCACUAUAUGUCCCUAUUCGGUACGGUCGGCGCUGAGGGUGUCGAUCUCCUUAGGAAGACGUUGAUUCUAGACCCUAAGAAGCGGAUCACUGCCCUGGAGAUGCUGAAGCAUGAGUGGUGGCAUAGAGACCCCAAGCCUACGCGAAAGCAAGAUCUUCCUAGGAAAUCUGGUGGACAGGAGAAGGUCGGUGCGGAUCUGAAAAGGAGACCUGGCAUAGUAGACGAGGACAAAAGCAGCAAAGUGGCUCGGAAAUUGGAUUUUGGCGCAGCGAAAUAGGAACUUCUGCGUUAAAGACAAAUUUCAUGUAGGCAUUUAGGCAUUAUACAGGUUCGGCGCUUAGGAGUUAAAAUGCACAAUCGAUG